AUGGCAUCUGCUAAAUCCGCACCGUUCGACAUUGUGUCGACGUACAAUGACCUUCUCAAGUCCGACCCAGACAUCACGAUGCCAAUAGCGGCCAUUGAAGCCCUAGUUCUUCUUCUGACUCAUUCGCCGUCUUCGACGAUCUCAGAAACUCUAGACUUACUUGAAAAGCACACGGCCAUUCUUAAAAAUGCCAUCCCCAACCCCAUCGCUCUCUCCGCCGGUACGGAUUUGUUCCAGCGAUAUCUCAUAACAACGCUACAACGGCCAGGUCAGCUGGGGCCAGCAGGUGACUUCAAUGCUAUCAGGGCUCAUCUGCUUUCUAACGGACGACUAUUUAUCAAGCGUGCCAAAGAGAGUCGAAACAACGUAGCUGCGUUCGGUAAGAGCUUUGUUCGAGAUGGAAGCACUAUUCUGACCAAUGGCGGCUCCCGAGUGGUAUCUGCGUUGCUGCAAAAGGCCGCAGACGAGAGAAAUGGCGCAUCUGCUGUCCGGUUCCGUGUCAUCUAUGUUUUAGGCAGCGUCAAUGGCACUGCCGAACCGGAAGGCUUGGAAACUGUUCGCACACUUCGAGCUAGGGGUGUCCCAGUUGCUACGAUACCCGAGUCUGCGGUGGCCUAUUCACUAGGAAAGGUGGACACGGUGAUUGUGGGUGCGGAGGGUGUCGUCGAGAAUGGCGGAGUUGUCUCGCGCAUGGGAACUUACCAGAUCGGUCUGUUGGCAAAGGCCAUGGGCAAACCGUUUUACGUUGUUGCCGAGAGCCAUAAGUUUGUCCGCUUGUACCCGCUUGGACAAUAUGAUCUUCCCAUCGAGCAACACGUGAUCAAUUUCAAAACCGAGGAAGAUAUUGCGGCAGAAGACGCUAGCCAACCUGUCGUUGCUCCCCAAGACACAAGUGCAAAGACAGAAGCGUCAUCCGAGGAAAAGGCCAAACACAUGACUGCUCUUUUGAAUGGCGCGCCAGCUCAGCAGCCAAAUGUUAGCAGUAUGCGGCGCGAUACAGUGGAUUUCACACCGCCACACCUAAUCACGGCUUUGAUUACGGAGGGUGGUGUUCUUACCCCAAGCGCGGUCAGCGAGGAAUUGAUUAAGAUUUGGUUCUGA